UAUUCAUCCAUUCUCUUCCACUGGGGGGUGGAGCCUAUCCCAGAAUUAUACAGAUACAUCAGAUUCUAAUUUAAUGAGUUGAGUCUAAUACGUUGUAUUAAAUAUAACCAAUUUACAAAUGUGGCACCUGGCAGGAUUAAGUGCAGCUCAGAUCACUUGGACAUAGACGUGACUCUGUCUUCAUGACUCCUAAUCCCAGAUCUUUGCCUCCAUCAUCUGUUUUUUCCCUCUCUUAGGUGGUCGCUCAGACAAUGACAGCAUGAGUGUCAGUAAGCAUUAAACUCAUCCACCUAACCCCGCAAGAUUACCACAGAUUACCAGGCCCCGAGGUAGGCCUGAGACGCUGGACUAAUCACUUCUUCGUGAGUUCAAUCCCUCUCACUGAGGUGGAGGAACAGGUUGAAGAACGGGAUGUGCCCUGAGAGUGGAACUGAUUAGUCUCAAAAUCCGCAGGAUAAGAUUCAGAUGUUUGUCUUUAUCUGAGAGGGGAGAAGAUAUUAAUAUGAGACCUGAGCGGUGACUGCAGUAGAAACAUGGGCUAAAUGUGUGACCAAAGUCUCCAAAAGGAAACAAAGGUCCCAGAUUUAAAGCUGGCCUGCUUCUCUUCAUCAUGCUCAUUUCCUUUGAGUGACACUGCAGCAGGAGGCGAGUUAGAGCUCCCCCUGCAUCCUCUGGCCCGCACAUCUGUCUCUUCUUUCCUUCGUGCUGGAAAAGAUUAAAUCCCAUCGCUUCAUCUUUCUUUAUUCCACUGUUCUCUGACCUCUGCUCAGCGCCAACCAUUCUCCUUCUCCAGCGCCGCCCUACUUCCAUCUCUCCAACAGACUACUUUUUAUCUUCCCCUCCGACCUUCGUUCCACUUCUCAAAUACCACUAAUCCCCUCUCCUCACUUCUCUCUCUUUCCUACCACUUUAUUUUCAAUCUCUAUUGUAUUAUCGCAGAAAGCUCCCCAAUCUUCUGCUCCAGACAGGUCACCAGAACCUGUCUGGCUCUUGCAGCUAUUUUUGACACACACUUGCCAAAACCAUUUCAUUUCUCAUUUGGCUGCUUUUGAUUUGAGACGCAGUCAUGCUGGAGAAAAUGUCCAGACGUAACCGCUCCCUGCUGUCGCUGUUCCUCACCUCUCUGGCCCUCACGCUGUCCGUCUGGGCUUUCUGCACCUCUUAUUGGUGCGAAGGGACACACAAGGUGGUGAAGCCGGUCUGCCUGUCGCCAGUCAAGAUGAAAAACUGCGGGCAGAACAACAGCCAGCCGUACACCACAGAGGUGCCCACCCCAGACCCCAGGAACCCAGCCUCCAAUGUCACGCUGUCUCCUCAGCAGAAGGAGGAGCUGGCCAGGAUAAGGAAAAAGCAGCUGGCCAACGCUGUCCACUACAUCUGGGAGACAGGGGAGGACAAGUACAUGCUGAGAUACUUCCACACUGGCUUCUGGCUCUCCUGCGAGAAGCACAAUGAAGGUGCAGAUCAGGAAGAAAAGUGUCGGAGUUUCAUUGAGCUGACACCAGGAGAGACACAAGGUGUGCUCUGGCUGUCUGUCAUCAGUGAGUUCAUGUACAUCGGUCUCCUGGCUAUGGGCUUCCUACUGAUGUGUGUGGAAGCACUGUGCCUCUGCGCCAAGAGGGAAAUGAACGCCCUCAAGAUCAAUGCCUUUGCAGCCAUGUGCACUGUCCUCUCAGGCAUGAUGGGGAUGGUAGCUCACAUGAUGUACACAACAGUGUUUCAGAUGACUGUGAGCAUCGGACCUAAAGACUGGAGGCCACAGAGCUGGGACUAUGGCUGGUCUUUUGCCAUGGCAUGGCUUUCAUUCAGCUGCUGCAUGGCAGCUGCUGUGGCCACAUUGAACUCCUACACCAAGACCAUCAUUGAGAUGAAGCACCGGGCUCGGGUAAGGCUGGAGGAGGCCCGAAAUACCACCAGUGCCCCCUCCUAUGAGGAGGUUGUUCGAGCUGGGCCGGGAGGGAUUUACUCCGUCAGUCAGCUGAUGCAGCUUGGACAACAGGGGGCUCUAAUGGACCCAAUGUGGCCCAGAGGAGUGGGACCAGCUGUUGGACCUCUGGCAUGUGGCGCUGGGGGAGCACUACUCGUUGGUGGAGGAGGAAUUGGAGUUGGAGGCAUGGGAAAUCUUGGCGUUGGAAUGGGACUGGGAGGAAUGCCAUCUAUGGCAGGUGGUGGAGGAAAUGGUGUUGGAAUAGGAGGGAUGGGAGGUGGAGCAGGGGCAGGAGUGGGAGCAGGUGGAGUAGGAGGGGGGAAGCUGGCAGACCCUCAUGGUGUGGUUGUGGUGGAAGGCUGCGGCACUGAAGGAUGUGAAGACUGUGAACGCGAGAUGGACGAGAUAAAUUAUGCCCUGCAGGAGGAGCGAGAGGACUCACUCUGCUAAGACUUCUGGGGGGAGAAGACCUCGGCAAACAUCUCUCCACGGCAGAUUUUACUAACUCACUAAAACUACAAUAAAAUAUAUUUUUAAAAAUUCACAGGACUUGCACAGACACACACACACACACACACACACACACACACACCUUUAACAAUAAUAACUGCAGUUUUGUACAAAUGAAGUUUCAAAUCAAUUCUAGACUAUUUUCAGUACUACAUCUAUUACAGUAUGAGAAUUUCAAUUUCUGGACCAGUAGUGAGCAAAGGAGCCCGAACUGUUAGUGUUGUGGUUUAUUACUGUAAGAGUUACCACAGCAACAUCUUCAUCCUAUUACAGUAAUGUUUCUGUCGACAUGGCGGUGUAAACACUGCAGACUUAUGUGCACUAUAGAAGAACCAAAAUAACUGGCUUAAAGACAGUACGAGCUGCACAGAGCUGCAAGGUUGGGAGUUGGGAUUAUUAUAUUGGCAAGUUGAUACUUGAAUCAGAAUAUUAUGAUGUAACAUUUGUUAGAUUGGCCCUUCUACAUGUCUUACACAUGGAGUUAGCUUACACUUGUUCCUGGCUGGAAGUACAUAUAACUUUAGGCAAUUGAAAUUGAAACACACACACACACACACACAGUUUGAUUUUUAUAAAGCUGCACAAAUUAUUUUGUUUUUUUGAUGAUGAUUUUUCUCGCUCAAGCAAAUCCAGCCUUACAUUUCUUCAGGGAUUUGAUGUAAUUCAGUGACUCAUUGGAUGUUAGAGAUGAUGUGAAUGUAUUCAAGGGGCAGCAAUACAUUACAAAUAAUAUAACACACAUUUGCAAUCACAGUUGCUGUAUGUAGAUUUGUAUUUUUAAUCUGUUUUUGCAUGAUUGUAUAAAAUUCUCUCCACAUUAAGGUGAUAAAUAAACAUGAAGCACAUUCAUUGCA